AUGACCAGUGUAUGUGCUGCUCCACAGUGUGGAAAUGAGACAGAUUCCAUGUUGAAAUGUCCCAUUUGUCUUAAAGAAGGGAUUGAUAGUGUUUUUUGUAACCAAAACUGUUUUCGAUCAAGCUAUUCUAUUCACAAGGCACAGCAUAAAUCGGAUGAUGGAGAAGAGGUAUAUAUCCCAUUCCCCAACUUUGCCUAUACUGGAGAUGUGAGACCACACUAUCCCUUGUCACCAAGACGUGCUAUUCCAAAACAUAUUAAAUUGCCCGAUUACGCGCAAAAAGGGAAACCUAUAAGUGAGAUCAAGAACGAUCGAAUUGGUAAGAUUCCAGUAUUGACACCAAAGGAAAUCACCAAGAUUCGAAAAGUGAGCAAGAUUGCUAGAGAGAUUUUGGAUAUUACAGCUAGCCACAUUCAACCGGGAAUCACUACUGAUGAAUUGGAUGAAAUAUUGCACAGGGAAUGUAUAAAACGGAACGCAUACCCUUCGCCUUUAAACUAUUACAACUUUCCCAAAUCGAUAUGUACGUCUAUCAACGAAAUUAUAUGCCAUGGGAUACCCGACAAGACUAAGUUGAAAGAUGGUGAUAUUGUCAAUUUAGACGUUACUAUAUAUUACUUGGGAUUUCACUCCGACUUGAAUGAAACCUAUUAUGUUGGAGACAAGGCCAAAAGUGAUCCUGAUACAGUGAGAUUGGUUGAAACGACUAGAGAAUGCCUUGAUUUAGCUAUCAAAGCCGUUAAACCAGGUGUUGCAUAUAGAGAGCUCGGCAAUAUUAUUGAGAAACACGCUUCAGAGAAUGAUUGUUCGGUUGUGCGAACAUAUUGUGGUCAUGGAUGCGGAACAUUAUUCCACUGUCAGCCCAACAUUCCUCAUUAUGCCAAAAACAAAGCAAUUGGAAUUAUGAAACCGGGACAAGUUUUCACAAUUGAGCCAAUGCUUAAUUUAGGUACUUAUAAAGAUGUGACAUGGCCAGACAAAUGGACUGCAGCUACUCAAGAUGGUCAAAAAUCGGCACAAUUUGAACAAAUGUUAUUGGUCACUGAAGAUGGUGUUGAGAUCUUGACUGCUAGAAGUGAGACAUCUCCAGGAGGAGCUAUACCUAGAAUGUAG